UCGAGCCUCUCGCGAUAUUUCCCGUCAGUGGCGGCUCUGUGGGCCCCCUCACGCUGGGCUACUCCUGACAUUUGAAUGAGAACAGAUUGAGAACGACAACCCCGAAAACGGCAGAAGGCAAGAAUGGCUUCAGCUCUGGAGCAGUUCGUGAAUAAUGUUCGGCAGCUUUCGGCUCAGGGUCAGAUGACACAACUGUGCGAAUUGAUAAAUAAGAGCGGGGAGCUGCUGGCGAAAAACCUGUCCCAUUUAGACACAGUUCUUGGGGCGCUGGACAUACAGGAGCACUCGCUCGGUGUUCUUGCAGUCCUAUUUGUCAAGUUUUCCAUGCCAAACAUCCCCGAUUUUGAAACGCUAUUCUCGCAGGUUCAGCUCUUCAUCAGCACCUGCAAUGGAGAGCACAUCAGAUAUGCAACAGACACUUUUGCUGGCCUCUGCCAUCAGUUAACAAAUGCUCUCGUAGAACGGAAACAGCCACUAAGGGGAGUUGGCAUUCUAAAGCAGGCAAUAGAUAAAAUGCAGAUGAACACAAACCAGCUUACCUCAAUUCAUGCAGACCUCUGUCAGCUGUGCUUGUUGGCGAAGUGUUUCAAGCCUGCCCUUCCAUACCUUGAACUGGAUAUGAUGGAUAUCUGUAAAGAGAAUGGUGCCUAUGACGCAAAGCACUUUCUAUGUUACUACUAUUAUGGUGGCAUGAUCUACACGGGACUGAAAAACUUUGAAAGGGCUCUCUAUUUUUAUGAACAGGCUAUAACCACUCCGGCCAUGGCAGUCAGUCACAUUAUGUUGGAGGCUUACAAAAAGUAUAUUCUGGUUUCCCUCAUUCUCCAUGGCAAAGUUCAGCAGCUGCCCAAAUACACGUCACAGAUAGUAGGCCGGUUCAUCAAGCCUCUGAGCAACGCCUACCACGAACUUGCACAAGUGUAUUCAACUAACAAUCCAGCCGAGCUUCGGAACCUUGUGAACAAGCACGGUGAAACAUUUACACGAGAUAACAACAUGGGCCUCGUCAAACAGUGCCUGUCGUCCCUGUACAAGAAGAACAUUCAGAGGCUAACAAAGACCUUUCUGACCUUGUCUUUACAAGACAUGGCAAGCAGAGUACAACUGUCUGGUCCACAGGAGGCUGAGAAGUACGUUCUUCACAUGAUAGAAGAUGGUGAGAUUUAUGCCAGUAUUAACCAGAAAGACGGAAUGGUCAGCUUCCAUGACAACCCAGAGAAGUACAAUAACCCUGCGAUGCUUCACAAAAUUGAUCAAGAGAUGCUGAAGUGUAUAGAACUGGAUGAGAAGCUAAAAUCCAUGGAUCAGGAGAUCACAGUUAACCCUCAGUUUGUACAGAAGAGCAUGGGGUCACAGGAUGAUGAUGUAGGAAGCAAGACGUCCAGUUACUCCUGAAGCAGUUAAUCAGCACGGGAGCAGAACUAAAUCCCACAACAUCAGGUUCUUUUCAGAAGACAUUUUUAAAAAUGGAGGAAAACAUAUUGAGCCUGGACAUCGUUCAAGAAAACAUAAACAUUUGAAUAAUUCAUUUAUGCUUUCAUACAAUGUCUGGGGGAGGGAAAAAAAGGAAGGGUUUUGUCAGUGUUUUAUUUAUCAAUGUUCAGAUGGAAGCACCAUUGCUGCGUUAACAACAAAAAAUAAAAACUGGACUUCCUGUUCAAAUCAA